AUGGCAAGUGGUCUCUUGAAUCUCUGGCGCAAGUAUCGACUGGUUGUAAUCUUUCCAUCACUCACAGCGUACGCAAUCUACGCGGAUUUAGCUCACACUCGGAAGUGGAAGUUGCAGCAGAAGCAGUUGGAAGUGUCCAGAGGAGUCUUUGAGGCUGAGUAGCUGAAAGAUGGUGUUAAACAGUGUCUUUGGUGCCACGAAGGAGUGGGUAUGGAUAGCUCUACCGCUCACCGGAUGGGCAAUUGGGUCAUUUCUCGACCACAAGGAAACCCUCCGGAUGACCCGAUUCCGGGACAAGAGUGCCCUGUACGGAAGACAAUUGGCUCCUGGGGAGAAACCAUCAUGGCCCUGAUUAAUCUUUGUACAGUGGAUAGUUAUUUAAUGCAAUAAAUUCGAUGAAAAAUAAUC